AUGGAUGGGAAACUAGUGGGGAGAGAAGGGAUUGUUGUAGGAAAUGAAGGCAAACUUGGCAUUGAAAAUGGAGCGGUGGAAGUAGGAAGAGUUGGUUGUGGUAAUGUUGAUGGCAAUGGAGGAAUCGAAGUGGGAAGGGUGGGAAGAGUUGGUUUUGGAAAUGUUGAUGGCAAUGGAGGAAUUGAAGUGGGAAUGGUGGGAAGAGUUGGUUGUGGCAAAGUCGAUGGCAAUGGAGGUAGUCCCGUUGUUGGGAUAGGAAUAUUUGGAAUUUGA